AUGCCUUCUGCACGUCCUCCUUGUCUGCCGGCACAUACGGAAGUCGCAGCGUUUCUGCAGGGCUUUCUUCCGCCACAGGCGAACGUGACCGAUGUACCUUUUCUAUUCCAUACACCAAGACAUCCACUAUAUGCGCCAGAGCGGCAGAGAGUUUCCCGGUUCAUCUUUGGAGUGACCGCAACAACAGGCGUGUAUGCCGCAUUGAAUGACGCUGAUGUCCGACAAGCACCAGCCUGUUUCUUGCAUCGCCCUUGGUCACUUGACAGACGCAGGGUACGACGUGGAUCGCUUGUUUUCGCCAGUCACAAUGCCUUCGAUGCGAAUCUGACUGUUGGGUGGAAUGAAGCACUGGGUGCCAGGCUGGGUCUCAGAAUUGACAAUGCGAUCUGUAUACAGGGGUACAAAGGAAACUCAGAUCGGAAGAUUGGUCUGGUUGCUAAAUUGGCUCAAGCGACACCACUGACCGUGCUUGUAGAGCAGCUCAAGGCCGAGUUCGCAGGAGCAGGAGAGCUGUUCGUUCCACAGUCCCUGGAGCAACACCUGACAGGUUCGAUGAUUGAUAUCGUCGCCAUUAUGAACGCCUUCCACCCUGAUGAGAUUUCACGCGUUCUGUCAGCGGUUCGCGAUGCAAGCUGGCUAGAGCAUGAUUGUGAUGGGACCAAGUUGCUCUAUCUCACAGGCGCUGCUCGUGACUACGGACUUGAAGCUGCUGCCAAAGCCAAUAUGCCCGCACUCUGUGUUGGCCAUCGAGCAUGUGAGGAGUGGGGUGUCAGAUACCUAGCCGAACAACUCCGAAACAAGUGGCCGGACGUGGAUGUCGUGGAAGUACUUGAGGAAGAGGAGAGUGAUAUCAGGCAGAUGGCGAAGUAG